ACCGAGUUCACGCCGAGUGGAGUACAGUAGUUUGUGUCAGACCACGGAGCUCGAAAGAUGCUCCCGGUUGUUGACGAGACGGGUGGACCACCCUCGUCGCGACGGCGGCCUCGUCGCGCCACCGCGGUUUCUCUCAUUACCGCCGCCGCGCCGACCGUUUCCGGGAGCGCCGAGAUAAACGCGAGAAACACUGGUGCCGGUAGAAUCAGCAGACUAACAUCUACUGCCACGAUGAUGACCAUGGCCUUAACCGUCCUCCUGGUCCUCCUGGUGCCCGCGGCGUUUCCUGAGAAGAUUCCCAUCGGUGCUAUUUUUGAGCAAGGCACCGACGAGGUACAAUCCGCCUUCAAGUUCGCGAUGAUGAACCACAACCAGAAUAUUACGACCCGCAAGUUUGAACUGCUGGCCUUCGUGGAUGUAAUUAAUACCGCGGAUGCCUACAAGUUAUCCCGCCUCAUCUGCAACCAGUUUAGCAGAGGCGUGUUUUCAAUGUUGGGCGCCGUGAGUCCAGACUCGUUCGAUACGCUGCAUUCAUACAGCAACACGUUCCAAAUGCCAUUCGUGACACCUUGGUUCCCUGAAAAGGUCCUGACGCCAUCCUCGGGUCUCCUGGACUUCGCCAUAAGUAUGCGACCGGAUUACCAUCGCGCUAUCAUCGAUACGGUGCGAUACUACGGUUGGAAGAAAAUCAUCUACCUCUAUGACUCCCACGAUGGACUACUCAGGCUGCAGCAGAUUUAUCAGGGGUUGAAACCAGGCAACGAGUCCUUUCAAGUCGAAACCGUCAAGAGAAUACAGAACAUGUCAGAGGCGAUCGAUUUUCUGCGCAGCCUGGAGGAGCUUAAUCGAUGGAGUAACAAAUACGUGGUUCUCGAUUGCCCGACGGACAUGGCGAAGGAUAUUGUUGUGAGUCAUGUGAGAGACGUAGCAUUGGGAAAGAGGACGUAUCACUAUCUGCUGAGUGGUUUGAUAAUGGACGACCGAUGGGAGAGCGAGGUGAUCGAGUACGGCGCCAUCAACAUCACGGGCUUUCGCAUCGUGGACGUCACUCGACCUCACGUCAAGGAUUUCCUGGGCGCCUGGCAUCGCCUGGAUCCGGUCCAGUCUCAAGGCGCCGGUCGUGAAUCCAUUUCCGCGCAAGCCGCCCUGAUGUACGACGCCGUGUUCGUCCUGGUAGAAGCCUUCAACAAGUAUCUGAGAAAGAGGACCGACAAAAAUAAUAUGAGACGAGUAACAACGAGCAAUAAUCAACCCAUAAACGGAACGAAGCCCCUGGACUGCUACCACAAUCGCGGCUGGGUCACUCCGUGGGAGCACGGCGAUAAAAUCUCCAGGCUUUUAAGAAAGGUCGAGAUCGAAGGGUUGACAGGAGAGAUACGGUUCAACGACGAUGGCCGACGACAAAAUUAUACGCUUCACGUCGUCGAGAUGACUGUUAACAGCGCUAUGGUGAAAGUUGCCGAAUGGACCGAUGAGACUGGAUUUCAAGCAAUAGCCGCGAAAUACGUGCGACUGCGUCCGCAUGAAAUCGAAAAGAAUAAAACUUACAUCAUUACUACGAUAAUGGAGGAACCUUACAUAACGAACAAAGUGCCGGACAUGGGUGAAGUAUUAAACGGGAAUGACAUUUACGAAGGAUACUGCAAAGACUUAGCCGAUCUCAUCGCGAAGAAGUUGGGCAUAUCAUACGAGCUGCGGAUCGUGAAGGACAGAAAAUACGGCUCGGAGAACCCGGACGUCCCGGGCGGUUGGGACGGCAUGGUCGGGGAGCUUAUCAGAAAGGAAGCCGACAUAGCGAUUGCCCCUCUGACCAUCACCUCCGAACGGGAACGUGUGGUCGAUUUUAGCAAACCGUUUAUGUCUCUCGGCAUUAGCAUCAUGAUAAAAAAGCCCAUCAAACAAAAACCCGGGGUCUUCAGCUUUCUGAAUCCGCUGAGCAAGGAGAUCUGGGUGUGCGUUAUUUUCUCUUACAUCGCAGUUUCCAUCGUCCUGUUUAUUGUGUCGAGAUUUUCGCCGUACGAAUGGAGAGUUCUGACCCUCAGCGGUAGCACAGAUUCGGCCAUUAGUGGACGAAACGAGCCCGGUUUGCAGCAUCCACACACGCCGCAAGGUUCACCUCACAUGCCAACUUCCAGCAUGGCCAACGAUUUUAGCAUCGUAAAUAGCCUCUGGUUCGCACUCGCGGCGUUUAUGCAACAGAGCUGCGAUAUCUCACCCAGGUCCAUAUCCGGCCGCAUAGCCGGCAGCGUCUGGUGGUUCUUCACUUUGAUUUUAGUGUGCUCCUACACCGCAAAUCUCGCCGCAUUUUUAACCAUCGAGAGAAUGGUCACGCCAAUUAGCUCGCCCGAGGAUUUGGCGGCGCAGACGGAGGUCCAAUAUGGCGCUGUCGUUAACGGUACCACUUUGGAAUUUUUUCGGAAAUCUCAAAUCGCACUCUACAGCAAGAUGUGGGAAUUUAUGAACUCGCGGAAAGACGUAUUCGUACAGACGUACGAGGAGGGAAUAGAAAAAGUGAGGACGAGCAAGGGCAAAUACGCAUUUUUGUUAGAGAGCCCGACGAACGACUACAUCAACGAGAGAGAGCCCUGUGACACGAUAAAGGUCGGCAGAAAUCUCGAUGCCAAAGGAUUUGGUGUUGCGACGCCGCUAGGAUCCCCACUCAGGGAUCCCAUAAAUUUGGCGGUGCUCUCUCUGAAGGAGAACGGAGAACUGGCGAAGUUAUUCGAACGAUGGUGGUACGAAAGAACGGAAUGCAGGCAUGGUGAUAAGCCAGACCCUGCCAGAAACGAGUUAUCGCUGAGCAAUGUAGCGGGAAUAUUUUAUAUCCUGAUCGGUGGCCUUCUUCUGGCACUCGCCGUAGCCCUCUUGGAGUUCUGCUACAAAUCGCACACAGAGGCGACAAGGGCGAAGAUACCGUUGUCGGACGCGAUGAAGGCGAAAGCACGACUUACCAUCGGCGGUGGUCGCGAUUUCGACAAUGGACGGUGGUACGGACUGCAGAGUUAGACGGAGGAUGCAUGCGCCUUUCCCGGGACCAUAUUAUUACGCACCAGCCAACGCGAUUGGGAAUACCGAGGGCGACCAGGUACACAGCAACACACAUACCCAAGUGUAAACUG